UGGCAAAGAAUUUAUACUGGAGAUUUGAUUGUAUUCAUGGCCGAUUAGGGUUUUUCUAAUAUGGAGUUUAGGGUUCAUGGUCGUUUGGGGUUUUCUAACAUGUUGUUUGUUCUUGGUAAUCGGAGAGGGGUUCGUAGGAGAAACAAAGAUGGAGUUUUGGAGCGUCUUGCUGUUUCUCUAUUCUUGAUCUCGUUGACUUUAUUUUUGUCGUUUGUUCACUCCUCGAUGACACGAUCGAACUGCCCUUGUGUUUCCCUAUUAUCUUUCUUUUGAUUGUGCACUCGCCAUGGAUUUUGUAGUUUCGAUUUAAUGAGGUAUUCUUUGAUUUCUGAACUACUUCCGUAGGAAUUCUAGUGGUAACUCAGUAGGCCAUUUUGCUAAUGGAUUUUAGACUGAAUGGCGACAUUAGAUGGGAAAUGGAAAUUAAUUUUUAAUUAUUAAAUGAAAACUGAAAGCAGUAUGUUCCGACCAAUUAUUAUUAUUAUUAUAGUUUGUUAAUACUUUAAAGGAUUUGGAUUGAGCUAUUGUGUGGGUGUUACUUCACAUACUUGGACAAUGUCGCUAGAAAUAUGUAAAGCAUUUAAAUCACUUUCGAUUGCAUUGACUACUGUUUUAUGGCCUCCCUCAGUUUCUCUCACUUACAGUUCUUAUAAAUUCAACUUAUCUAACUAUGAAAUUAAUUGGUCCUUUGAUCAUGCUUGAUAUCCCAUUAACAUACUUUCUCAUUUUAUCAUCCAUUGACUCUGUGCAUCAUAACUUUAGGUAUUAGUAUUUUUGAUAUUAUAUUUUUUUGUAACCUUACACAUCGUUCGCAGCAUUAACAUCUUGGUUAAAAGAUGUUACCGGAGAAGAUCCUCUCCAUUUUAAUUAUCUUCUAAUUGAAAUCAUGAAGGGGAGCCUUGGCGCAACGGUAAAGUUGACGCUGUGUGACCUUAGAGGUCACGGGUUCAAGUUUUGGAAACAACCUCUUGUAAAGUAAGGUUGCGUACAAUAGACCUUUCCCGGGACUCCGUAUUGGCGGGGGUUUUGUGCACCAACUGCCCUUAUUUCUAAUUGGAAUUAUAUUUCAUUCAAAGAUUAUUCAUUUUACUAUUGAAAUAAUUGUUGGAGACUCAAACGUCUUGUGAGUGCAAGUGGCCUUAGUGCCUGAUUUCGUAAGGAAUGGUGUACAGCUUCGAAUAUUUGUAAGGUUACUGGAGAAUCUUUAUGUACAAAAUAAGUGUCGGUAUAAUUAUGUAAGGGCAACAUCCUAUCACAAUCUCAACAAUAACUGGUGAUUGUGGGCAUAAGUUCAGUCAUGAUGUCUGAUACUUGUAUCUUGUGCUGUAAAAGGACAGCAGACAAACUGAUAAGAAACACGAAGAAUUGAUAAAAAUCUCAAGCAGUGGUGAAAUUCUAUGUUUAAUAGGUAUAAUAGGAAGCUUUAUGUGGAAAAUAUGUUUACCCUGAUAAGCUUUUUGACCAAAUGCAUUAGUACUUUCUCCAUUGAUAAUUGCUAGUAACUUGUAAAACAGUGUGCUUAUGUUCAGAAUGAGGGGCAGUUCUUUGACUUCUAGUUCAAAAUUUUACAUGUUCUAUAUAAUGUGUCAGUGAUUGACUGUCAGAUUUAUGGUUAUGUUUCAAAUUUGUUAUUUAUUCACAUUACAUACUUGGUCUAACUGUUGUCUUCUUUCGCUCCCAAUUUCAUGCUGCUGUGAUCAUUUUUCUGACAUGGAUAUUUUUCUACAGUGCUUGCUGGACUUGCUUUUAUGUUUUCGUCUAGCAUUCUGUUACAGAUCCUGGCUUGUGCUUUAUACAACAACUGGUGGCCAAUGUUAUCUGCGCUCAUGUAUGUUCUGAUACCCAUGCCAUGUCUUUUCUUUGGAGAUGGUUCGACACGGUUCUUGACAAGCAGAGAAGGUGGCGGUUGGAUCAGUGCUGCCAAGUUUUUGACUGGGGCUUCAGCCGUGGGGAGCAUAGCGAUUCCAGCAAUUUUAAGGCAUGCCAACUUGAUCGAGACAGGGGCUAUGCUAAUAGAGUUCACGUCGUUCUUCAUCCUCGUUUGCACAAUUCUUUGUUUCCAUCGAGUAACUCUCGAGGAAGAUUGGUGAGAUGCCAUUGCCUGAAGAAACUGAGCUCUCCGGUACAGCCAGAUACAUAUUUGCUGUGUAGAAAAAAGGUUGACAUCAUAUUUGCAAGCUUUUUUAGCAUGGUUCAGAAAAAGAAAAUGGCAAGUAAUGCUGUGCAGUUCACGUUUGAAUUGGGUAGACGAAAAUUAAAGCUACUUCAUCCUUGUCAAAAACAUAGUCAGCUGAGUCAUGAAAAAGCAAGAAAUUACUAAAUUUCUUAUGACAAGAUAUUCAUAUAGAUGGUUAGUAAUAGUUGGAUUUGGUUUGGAUUGGAGCA